UCUAGAAAAAGGCUGUCGUGGACAGCAUUUCCAUCUCUUUAACUUAACCUUUCUUGGCAAUUAGAUCUAAAGGUAACAGGCAGAGAUAGAUGUCUCUUAGUUGGCAACGCACACACACACAAAACAGCAUUUUCCUCCCCAUGAUGACAGCAAGAUAUCAAGGAUGCCAGAGAAAAGGAGUGUUAACUUAAUCUAAUAAGUGAGACGAGAUCUUAAAGUAUAACUAAAAUGUCCCAAGGAAAAAAAAAUACUCGCUGAGAUUCACUAUUUAAAAAACGUUGGCAAGCGUUAAUGGUUUUUUUUCCACGUUUGACUUGUUACCAAGACGAUUAAGAAACAAGGGAAUAUGAUUAUGUGACUGGAUUUUUAAAAUAAAAAAGUAUUCUGCACCUCUGAAUAUAUAUAUACACACAUAUAUAUUUACAUAUACACACAUGCCACAUUUUAAAUGAAAUAUACUUAAAAGUGGCUGUUUUGGGUCCACUGGCAAGGAGGCCUCCUCUCUGCGAGGUGAAUUAUUUCUUUGUUUUUAAGUGCCUGCCUCCAGGGUACACAAGUGGGAGAUGAACUGGAAGGAAACCUGGGACUCAGGGGGAUGGGGCCGAGAUGGCUGGGACCGAAUCUACGAGCUGAAUGUCAGAGAAAAUCCUCCUCCAGCCUCGGAAGGGGUGUCUCCCCCAAUACCAGCUCCCUCCCCCCGGGCUCGCGGGGCGGGUCUGCUUUGCUCAGUUGAAGCGGCGGCCGCAGCAGCAGCCCCGGGGCUGAGCGGCGGCGGCCUCCCGGCGGUGCAGGGAAGCGGUGAUUCCAAGCGCGCGAGGCCCAGGGGAGAUCCGGCCGAGGCUGCCGCCGGGAUGGAGGAAGCGUCGAGUGGAGCUGAGCCACCGGGGAACGAUUUCCUCCCCAGCUCAGCUCCGCUCCAGCUUGGCAAGGCCUGUGUCGAGCGCCUGCGAGGUGGAAGAGGCCUGCGCCUCGGGCCUGGCAGCGGCAGCCGGCAAGCAAGUCGGGCACAGCGGGGUAAUAGGCGAGCUGUAGCCGCUUUCGGGAACCUGCGCCGCCUAGGCCGCUCAUUGUCUCUCCCCUCCACCCGGGGGGCAAACAGGAAGCGCGCAGCCGGGCCGAGCGACGGACAGGCGUCCAGACCAAUGAGCACCGCCGACAUCAAUCAAAAUAGGAAAAAAAAUUCCCCGGACCGCUCCGGCCGUGUCCGCCGCCGCUUCCCGCAUCCUCUCCCGCCGCCGCCGCCUUCGCUCCUCACCAUGUGUAAGGCGGCGGGGAGCCCCGCCUGAGGUGCCCUAAACACACUAUGACCGCUCCUGAAAAGCCUGUGAAACAAGAGGAAAUGGCUUGCUUUAGACGUGGA